CCUCUCGGCGGUCGCCCGCGUCCAGGGGUCGCCGGGCCGUGGCUGCGAGGAGCCGACGCCGUGGCACGUUGGACCAGACGCCCGCGCCGAAUUUUUUUUUUUUUUCCCAGGCAUCCGAGGAGGAGCAAGGGCGCGCCCAGACGCCUCAGCGCCACGGGAUGGGGAACGGACCGCUCUCCGGUCUCUUCAAGACUGACUCAACCCUGUCGGAACAAGUCAGUGGAAGGACGUUCUUGGCCAAGAGGAUCAGGAGCGGAAUAACUUAUUAUUAUACUCCAUUCCCAGAGGCAGGGGAGCGGACAUUAUGUCCUGCCAAAGACUCUCAAACCUCCACAGCUCUUUGCCCCAUUUCAUCACCGUCACCCUCAGCUCUGCCCCUCAGCGUCGACCCCUCUGCACAUCCUUCCUCCUCCCAAAACCAAUCAGAUUCUGCCUCCACUUCCCGUCCGCUUCUUCUUUUCUUCGCCUGGCUCGGUGCCCGGCCAGCGGCGGUGGCCAAGUACAGGGACCUUUACCUGGACCGCGGCAUGGAUGUCCUCCUGGUCCAGAGCGGUGUAAUGCACUUCCUGUGGCCUCGAUGGGGGCUCGACUACGGACUGGAAGUUUUGAAGAUUCUGGAGGAGCCUCAGUUCUCAGGGAGGGCGGUGCUGGUCCAUGCCUCUUCCAUCGGAGGUUACACCUUCACCCAGAUACUCACCCAUAUCUCUCAGGGACCGAAAAAAUAUGCGGGCCUGACCCAGAGGGUGAUAGGGCACAUCUAUGAUAGCUUGGUGGCUGGCAGUCUGGAGCACAUGGCGAUAGGCCUCGGUAAGACUCUGGUGCCACGUUUCGAGGGCUUUGUGAAAAGCACGGCCAUGCUCUACUUCUGGCUCUUCAAAACCCACACGGCCGACUUCUACGACAGCAGCAUCCAGGUUUUCCACAACAACCCAAUCACCGCACCAGCCCUCUUCUUCUUCAGUGAGAACGAUGCCCUUUGCAACCCGGCCGUCAUGGAGCAGUUGAUUGAGCGCUGGCGGAAGACGGGCAUGGCCGUGGAGAGCAGGAAGUGGAAGGAGUCGAAACACGCGGCACACAUGCGAUGCCACCCACAAGACUAUCUCUCUACGCUGGAGAAAUUCCUGGAGUCACUGCCCAUUUCCUCCCGCAAAGCAAAAAUGGAAACUGUUAGGGAGUCUAAUUGGGCCCAAUUUUGAACCUUUAAGAUGCUUUAUGAUUUCAAACAGAAGACACCUUAUUUAUUUUAUCUGGCUACUGUGGCACUAUUAACAGUAUCAUAAUUUAACAAAGACUUUUUUUCUCUCUCCUUUUAAGCAUUCUCAGUUGUUUGACUUUGUUGUUUUGAUUUUAGCCAAGGUUACAUUUUGAGUAAUAUCCAGUAUGUAAUGUAUCACUGUGGAGCUUAUAUCACGUGGCGCUUGUUUUGCAAAGAAAGUGUUGGUUAAUGAACUGCUGUUCACUACUCAAUUAAAUUCACUUGAGUUAAAUUUCUUCAAUUAUAUUUAUUCAAUUAAAUGACACUAAAAUGUACUCAAAUUGAAUUGACUUAAAUUAAUUUAAUUUAUAUUUACUCAAUUGAAUUAAAUUGAUUUAAAGUAAAAUAUUUGUGCUAAAUUGAUAAAAUAAAUAAAAUAAAUUUUAUUUAUUAAUUUAAUAUUUACUCAAUUAACUCAAAUUGAGUUAAAAUUAAAGGAAGUGUUGGAAAGGAAAAUGCCCCCCAACAACGUUUUUACUUUAACAGUG